AUGGCUACUUCAGUGGCAUCUUCUUAUAAUGCUGGUAGUAUGUCUCCAGAAGGCAUGCGACGACCGCCAAGUAAUCUUUAUCAAAGUAUUCGUCCAUUACGUCGUGAACGAACAAUAAUGGAUAAAGAAUUUCAUCGAACUCGACAAUCAAAUUCGGCUUAUUCUCCUGAUUUACCAGUCAGAUCUUCAGUAUUCUCAGGCGAAAAACAAUAUGAACAACGUCCUGUCUCAACACAAGUUCGUUCAGCAAAAUCCAAUGAAAUUUUUCAUUUAAUUGAUCGAAAAUUACAAACAGGCGUUCAUGGUGUACGUCAUUUAUUCCGUGCAAAUGAUCCUAGUCGUGCAGGAAAAUUGUCAAAAGAAGGAUUUCGACGCGUAUUAUCACAAUUAUGUGGUUAUGUAAAUGGUGAAGAAUGGGAGAAAGUUUGUAAAAUGUUUUACAUGAAUGACCGAGAUGCUACGAUAACAUUUGAAGAAUUUGUUUCUUUUUUUCCGGAUAAUGAAAAAGUCAAACAUGAAUUAUCUACAUUUCGACCAGAAAGUAGUAAUUCAUCAUUACUUAGUUUAAGUCGAAAUAUGUUGACAACUCCACAAUCACAUCAUAAACGUUAUUUACCUAAACUUACUGCUAAUUAUUGUUAUUCAUUAAUGAAAGCAAGAUGUCGUGAUCCAUCAUUUGUACCAAAUGAUUAUUUACCUAAUGAUUGUUUAAAUAAUGGUGUUAUUAUACGUGAUCAUUUAAAGAUAAUUUUAAAAAAUUUUCAUUUAAAUGAUAUUAUUAAUGAUGAGAAAGAAUUUGAAAAUCUAUGGUCAAAAUUUGAUUUCGACAAUGCUGGAAUGAUACGAACAAAUGUAUUUCUUCGUUUACUAGAUUAUCGUGUUAAUCUUGCUGAUGAAAUUGAUGCUGAUAUUCAAAAAUUAAUAACUGAUCGAGGUAUUUCAGGUUCAUUAUCAUUCGUAGAAGGAUCACCAUGGAGAAAAAAAAGACAAGUAUUAGCAAAUAAAAAUCGACAAUGUAAUGAUAAUGAUAAUUAUUCAGCAUGUGGUGCACCACCACCAUCAGCUGUAAAUGAUAUAGAAGAUGAAACAAUGAUAAAUUCAGAUACAAAAUAUAAUAAUGAUGAAUGUGAAAAUUCAAAUAAGUUUUCACGAUCUGAUAAUAAUAAUAAUCCAAUGGAAACAUUAAAUACAAGAAUUCGAACAUUGGUACAAAAACAUAAAAACAUGACUAAACAAUUAAAUGAAUCUGGUGAACUUUUAUUAUUUCUUGAUCGAAAGGUCAAUGAAGGUUAUUAUUGGUUAAAAGAAAUCUUUAGUCUUUUGGAUCCAAAUCGAACAAAUUUAAUAACAAAAGAACAACUUAUUGCUACUCUCAAUCAAUUUGAUAUUCCAGUUUCACAUAAUAAUAUUGAUCAAUUUUUACAAAAACAUCAUUGUAAAUUAUCAAAAAAUACAAAUAAUGAAACUGUGAUUGAUUACAAUGCAUUUUUAAAAUACUUUCAAGAUCGUUCUGAUACAAGUUUUCUUGCUCGUGCUGUUAGUGAUUUAAAAAAACCCAAAUCAAAAACAACUCAAUCUAAUACAUCUGAUAUCGAAGAUGGUCUUAUCGAUUUAUUACACGAUAUUUUUCUUUCUCUUACAUCAGCAACAAUUAAUUAUAUUUCGAGAGAAAACGAUGAUUUAUGUUCAGAGAAAGAAUUAUUUAUUGUAUUGAAAAAAGAACUCGGCAUUGCUGAUAAUUAUCGAUUUACUGAUAAUCAAAAGGAAGAAGUUUAUACAGUACUGAAUUGUACGAAUGAAAUGAAACAAAAACGACAAUUACCAUAUAAACGUUUAUUAUAUUAUCUUAUGAAAAUAAAAAUUCCAUAUACCAAAGACCGAAAUAAUCAACCGAAAUUUAGCGAAAAGAAGUCUGAACAAAAAUUAUUAAUACCACCAAGAAAUUUAACUUAUAUUGAAAGAACAUUGAAUGAUGUAAUUCGUCUUCGUAUGCAUACAUUAACGAAAGCAUUUUCUAAUAUUGAUCAACCACGAACGGAUUGUAUUAAUCGAGAACAAUUUUACAAAGUUCUUCAAGAUAUAGAAACAGAUAUAAGACGAUCUGAAGUUAAUUUCUUUUGGUCAGCAAGUGGUUUUCCUACACAUGAAAGUGUUCCAUUUGCAAAUUUAAUAAAACAAAUCGUUGUAUUUAAUCGUGAUGAUAAUCAAUCAAACUUGAAACAAUUUCAACGUGUUCAAACAGGACGACAACGUCAUGCUCAAUUAGCAACAACAAGAUCUGUCUUUACACCAGGAAGAAUAAGUGACCUUUCAAACAUGGGUCAAUCAGUGGAUUAUCGCGAAAUAUACAAUCGUAUACUUCCCUAUGUUCGUCAGAAUUAUAUUAGAAUAAAAAAUGAUUUACUUGAAAACGAUCCAACAGCUUGUGGUUCAGUUAAUUUUUCUGUCUUACAAAAUAUUUUUGAUUAUUAUUCUGUUCCAAUUAAUGAAGAAGAAUUACGUACACUUGUUCGUCUUGAUGAUCGACAUAAUGGAUCAAAAGUUCAAUAUCCAUUUUUUAUUCGAAAAUAUCAUCCUGAUGGACCUGUUAUAAAAAUUAGUCCAUGGACACGUGUACAUCCUGUUUAUGAACAAUUAGUUCAAAAACAAUACACUAAACGACCAUCGAAAGAAGUUUAUGACCAACGAACUCAGAAUCCUCGUGAUUUGAAUACUCUUAUUCGAUUAUUUCAUUCAUAUGAUAAAUCACGCAAAGAUGUCACUAAUUCAUUUUAUUUAAGAACAAGUUGUAGUCGAAGUAGUUUUACAGAAGAUGAUUCGGAUUUUGAUGAAAAUAUAUAUAGAGUGAAAAAAGUUACAUCAAGAAAAAAAUCGUAUCGAAAAUGGACAAAAGAAGAAGAUGAACGUUUGAAAGAUUUUAUUAAUGCUAAUAAUGGUUUAACAGAUUGGUCUCGUAUAUCACAAUAUGUCGGAAAUGGUCGUACAGAUGCACAAUGUCAACAUCGAUGGGAUCGUUUUCUUGAUCCAUCAAUAACAAAAGGACCAUGGACUGAUGAAGAAGAUAGGAAGGUUAUUGAACUUGUACGAGAUUAUGGUGCAAGACAAUGGAGUAUAAUUGCAAAGGAAUUAAAAGGACGAGUUGGAAAACAAUGUCGAGAAAGAUGGCAUAAUCAUCUCAAUCCAGCAAUUAAUAAAGACCCAUGGACAAAUGAUGAAAAUUUUUUAUUGUUUAUUUUACAUCAACAUUUUGGGAAUCGAUGGGCAGAAAUAGCAAAACAUUUUAAUGGAAGAUCAGAUAAUUCAAUUAAAAAUCAUUGGAAUUCUUCAAUGAAAAAAAAAUUUGAAUUAGAAGUAUCAAAUUUAAAACGACAAGGACUUGAAUGGACUGCAUUAAUUCCAUGUGAUUUUCCAUGGCCUAAACUUGAUAAAAUAUCUCCAACUCGUUCACCUCUAACUACUAUAACAAAUCAAACACAUUGUUCGACUACAAAAAAUUCUUCGAAAAGAAGUACAUUAUCUUCUAUAGCUGUAUCUAUUAUUAAAAAUGAAACUUUUGAUUUACCAAUUGUGAACAGUGAUGAUAAUAAUACUCAUAGUUUUUUUCCAACAACUGAUUACAAUGCUUUUAAUAUUUCAUCUUCACAUGAACAACACUCAACAGUUUAUCCAGAUCAUAUACAGCCUAUAACUUCUUCUCAAAAAUCUUCAAAUACUCAACAAGAACGUUCAUCACAAGAUCUUGAACGAUUAUUUUAUUGUACACCACCAUCUCCUGUAAAACAAUUACCUAUGCUUUCAUCAUGUGCUGAUUAUACGACAUCAAGUCAAAAUUCUCAAACAGAUCAUCAUAUAUCUUUAUUUCCUUCCUCUCUCGAAUAUUAUCCAACUCAUACAUCAUCACAAACUUCAUCAUUACCUACAUUUACUUGUUCGUCAUCAGCACUAUCUUCACAAUCAACAAUUUUAUCAACAGAUGAUUCAUUUUCACUUAAUUUUAACUCACAAAAUGAAAUCAAACCAGAUACUAAGCAUCUUUUAAUUGAACUUACACCAUCGAAAAAAUCUCAAGAUAUUGUUACUUCACCAAAAACUAUUUCAAAUACAUCAUCACCUUCAAAACAUCGUGUACUUAAUACACCUGAACGUUUAGAUCGACCACAUCGAAUUCAUUUAACAGAACAAGAUUGGUUCCAUGAUUUUUUUUCAUAUUCUGAACAAACAACAACAAGUACUUCAGAUAAUCAUUCAUCUUUACGACCAACAAUUGUACGGCGUAAUAAACGUUUACAUAAAUAUCAAUCAACAAUUCUUGAAACAAAAAAACGAGAACGUUUUUCAAAGAAUUUAUUUCAUUCAUCGAAAAGACUCAAAGAAGAAUUAGGAUAUGAUCCAACAUAUGAAGAAAUAUUAAUUGGUCAAACAUGUAUUCAACGUCAUGUAACUGAACAAGCUCGACGUUAUCUCUCCUGUUCCUCAUUAACUAAUUUUAAUUGA